AUGGAGGGGAGGUCGAAGCCGGCGGCGAUGGAGAUGGAGAUGGAGCCGGCGGCGAAGCCCAAGUUCAGGAUCCCGGUAGACUCCGACAACCAGGCCACGGAGUUCUGGCUCUUCUCCUUGGCGAGGCCGCACAUGAGCGCGUUCCACCUCUCAUGGUUCUCCUUCUUCUGCUGCUUCGUCUCCACCUUCGCCGCGCCUCCGCUGCUGCCGCUCAUCCGGGACACGCUCGGCCUCACGGCCAGGGACAUCGGCAACGCCGGGAUCGCGUCCGUCUCCGGCGCCGUGUUCGCGCGCCUCGCGAUGGGCACGGCCUGCGACCUGGCCGGGCCCCGCCUGGCGUCCGCGGCGAUCAUACUGCUCACCACCCCCGCGGUCUACUGCUCCGCCGUCAUCACCUCGCCGUCGUCGUUCCUGCUCGCGCGCUUCUUCACGGGCUUCUCGCUCGCCUCCUUCGUGUCCACGCAGUUCUGGAUGAGCUCCAUGUUCUCGCCGCCCAAGGUGGGGCUGGCCAACGGCGUCGCCGGCGGCUGGGGCAACCUCGGCGGGGGCGCCGUGCAGCUCAUCAUGCCGCUGGUGUUCGCGGCCGUCAAGAAGAUGGGGAGCACGCCGUUCACGGCUUGGCGCGUCGCCUUCUUCAUCCCGGGCGCCAUGCAGACGUUCUCGGCCAUCGCCGUGCUGGCGUUCGGGCAGGACAUGCCCGACGGAAACUACCGUAAGCUCCACAGGACCGGGGACAUGCACAAGGACAGCUUCGCCAACGUGCUCCGCCACGCGGUCACCAACUACCGCGCCUGGAUCCUGGCGCUCACCUACGGCUACUGCUUCGGCGUCGAGCUCGCCGUCGACAACAUCGUGGCGCAGUACUUCUACGACCGCUUCGACGUCAACCUCCACACCGCCGGGCUCAUCGCCGCCAGCUUCGGGAUGGCCAACGUCAUCUCCCGCCCCGGUGGCGGGCUCAUGUCCGACUGGCUCUCCAGCCGGUACGGCAUGCGCGGCAGGCUGUGGGGGCUGUGGAUCGUGCAGACCAUCGGCGGAGUCCUGUGCGUCGUGCUCGGCGUCGUCGACUACUCCUUCGCCGCCUCAGUGGCCGUCAUGAUGCUCUUCUCCUUCUUCGUGCAGGCGGCCUGCGGGCUCACCUUCGGCAUCGUGCCGUUCGUGUCGCGGAGGUCGCUGGGGCUCAUCUCCGGCAUGACCGGCGGCGGCGGCAACGUGGGCGCCGUGCUCACGCAGGUCAUAUUCUUCCGCGGAUCCAAGUACAAGACGGAGACGGGGAUCGUGUACAUGGGGAUCAUGAUCAUCGCCUGCACGCUGCCCCUCACGCUCAUCUACUUCCCGCAGUGGGGCGGCAUGCUCGCCGGGCCAAGCACGGGGGCAACCGCCGAGGAGUACUACAGCCGGGAGUGGACCGAGGAGGAGCGGGAGAAAGGGUACAACGCCGCAACAUCGCGGUUCGCGGAGAACAGCGUGCAAGAGGGCGGGCCCAAGUCGGCGUCGGGCAGCCGGUCAAGACAUACCGUGCCCGUCGAUGGGUCGCCGGCCGACGUGUGA